UUUAUCAUCCAUCUCUGAUUGCCCUUGAGAAGGUGGUAGUGAGCUACCUUCUGGAACCACGUCAGUGCAGUUGUGAAUCAGGGUGGGACUUCCAGGAUUUUGACCCCAAUGUUGAAGGAAUGGCAAUGUAUUCCCAAAUCUGAAGACUUGCAGUGUAUCAGUUACAAGUAACAGAAUACCAUCGUACUAUGUCUAUGCAUUGAGGAAAGAAAAAUCAACCACCUAUCCAAGGAAGAUGACUUAUUUCAGAGCUAAGAGCAAUAUCAGAUGACUAUUAAAAUCAGUUUUGUGGUCAUUCUUUUUUUAAAUAAGUGAAUCAAACGGAUGAAGGCACAUUUUACAUGUCUUUUGAAUGCUGAACUGUCCAUAAUUUUUUGAAAUGAAUCGAUACACAACUCUGAAACAGUUGGGAGAUGGCACCUAUGGCAGUGUGCUUAUGGGAAAGAGCAAUGAGUCUGGAGAAUUGGUGGCCAUCAAAAGGAUGAAAAAGAAAUUCUAUUCCUGGGAAGAAUGCAUGAAUCUCAGGGAAGUUAAGUCACUUAAGAAGUUAAAUCAUGCAAAUGUUAUCAAGCUGAAAGAAGUUAUAAGGGAAAAUGAUCAUCUCUACUUUGUUUUUGAAUACAUGAAAGAAAACCUAUAUCAACUAAUGAAAGACAGAAACAAAUUAUUUCCUGAAUCAGUCAUUAGGAACAUCAUGUAUCAGAUAAUACAAGGACUUGCGUUUAUCCAUAAGCACGGAUUUUUUCACCGUGAUAUGAAGCCUGAAAACCUGCUGUGCAUGGGUCCAGAACUUGUCAAAAUAGGAGAUUUUGGAUUAGCCAGAGAGAUUAGAUCACGUCCACCAUAUACAGACUAUGUAUCCACACGGUGGUAUCGAGCUCCUGAAGUGCUAUUGCGAUCCUCUGGUUAUAGCUCUCCAAUUGAUAUAUGGGCUGUGGGCUGCAUUAUGGCUGAGCUGUACACUCUGAGACCACUCUUUCCAGGGACCAGUGAAGUGGAUGAAAUCUUUAAAAUUUGUCAAGUGUUAGGCACACCAAAGAAAAAUGAUUGGCCAGAAGGUUAUCGGCUUUCACUUGCUAUGAAUUUCCGAUUUCCACAGUGUGUACCCACACAUCUGAAGACAUUGAUUCCCAAUGCUAGUGAUGAAGCAAUACAACUAAUGAAAGACAUGCUUCAUUGGGAUCCGAAAAAAAGGCCAAAUGCCAGUCAAACACUACGAUAUCCAUAUUUCCAAGUCGGCCAAUCUUUAGGUAAUACAGUGCAAUAUGUGCAAUGGCCAAAGUUACAGAACAAAAUGGCUCAGCCAACAGAACUCAAGCAAGUAACUUUGCCAAAGUAUGAAUCUCUGCCUCAGUCUCCACAGUCUGUACUUUCUUCUCAAUCUCAGCUAAACAGAACUCAUCAACCAUUUCAACAGGUGCAAAUGCCGUUGCAGACUGUUAACCGAGAACCUCAAAAAGAGAUGUUCAAAUUCAAGCAAACCAUUCUUCCCUCCAUCAUUAACAACACCUAUCAGAAUCCAACAUCAGGAACUAGCAAUAAUGCAACAGGUUUUAAAAGUGGCCGACGGCGCUGGGGUCAAACUGCGCUGAACACUAAGGACAGUUGGGAUGGUUUUCAAAAUUCUGACUUUGGACUGCCCUACUCUAAAGAACCUAGUAUAAUAGCAGUAAAAGAAAAAUCCAGCAAUGAUUCUCUUCAAAGGAUGGCUGAGCACAAUCAACAAAACCAUAACAUCGGAGGAAACAAAACAGUUCCAAAUACCACCAUGAUGAGACUGGAUUCUGGAUUAUCUACAUCUUCAGCUAGGCAACACUAUUUGAGGCAGUCAAGAUACCUUCCAGGAGUGCAUCCCAAGAAUACAUCAGUUAUAGCAAACAAAGAUACCAGCAGGGCACAUGGAAUUAUUGGUGGAGAGUUUUCUAUUGGAAGGGUUCAUGCAGGAAAGCUGGAAGUUUUUAAUCCUGAUUAUAAUUCAUCUAGAGGUUAUAAUCCAUCCUUUCUGAAGAAGGAGGUUGGGUCAGCAGGGCAAAGACUGCAGUUUGUUCCUAUUGGAGGAUCCACAGGCAACUACGAUGCAUGGAAAACCAAAAUAACCAGGUCUCAGCUCCCAGGCCCCAACUACAAUCCUGCUACGAAAAAGUCCCCAGGAGUUUUAACUCAUCCACCAACCAUUGAGUCAGUACAUGGAAGAACUGAUUGGACAACUAAAUAUGGUGGCCGUAGAUAGACCAUCAACAUUCUGUACUAUCAACCCCUACUGACCAUCUUGGGCUGGGAGCUCCUGCUAGCCCAAAUGAAACCGCAGCGUCAAAACUGUCUGAAAACUGUAAAGAUUGUAAAACCAAAUCAUAUGAAACUUUCAUUUAGGAUGGUAUUAUUUCUGAUUGAUUGUUCAUGGAUUAUUUUCUAUCUUGGAAUCAAGUGGCUCUUCUCAAAUUUCAAAAUGUAAUAGUCUGUUUACACUUUCAUUAGUCAGGUGAUGACUGCAGCUCUAGACUAUGCAAUGUUCCCAGUAGAAAUUAAUUUAAACAUUUUAAUAUUUAAAUAUUUUUUAUAAUUGAUUUUAUUUAUAUACAUGUGCCUUGUAGAUAUUAUAUCAUUAUGACUUUUCUUGACAUUGUACCUAGUAUUUGAGAGUCUAGAACAGAUCUUGAUGGUCCUCGUACACUAUAAAAGGGAGCUUUACUAAUGAUAAUGCUUCUUUACAACAGACUGGAAUGAAUGGUGCCAAGAAGUCAAAGAAUCCAAGUCAACUUAUUAGAAUGUAAUAUUUGUUUCUUGUUUCAUUAUUUAAAAAAAAAGAGAUCAGUAUUUCUUGUUUAAAAAAAAAAUGGAAGAACUCAGUUG